UACGUUUCUGAUAGUCGAAAUUCGCGUGUAUCUAUAUAUAGAGUAGCUAGAGAAUUUCGGUGGGUUCCUCUUUUUGGGGUGAGUCAGUUGAAGUUGAAAAAUGGGGUGUUUUUCCUGCUUCGGAUCAUCGGAGAAGGAAGCAAACAAGAGUAGCAGUGGACCCAAAGAAGCGUCAAACAAGGAUGUUGUCAAAGAGGGUUCAAAGGAUAAAUCAAGAUCUCGGGAUGGUAAGGAUGGUAAGAAGGAAAUGACAGUUACGAAACAGCCUGCGCGAAUAUUCACAUUCGAGGAGCUUUCUGUAGCAACAAAGUACUUUAGACCAGAGUUCUUGCUGGGUGAGGGCGGGUUUGGACGCGUUUUCAAAGGUCAACUGGACACGGGAGAGGCUGUUGCAGUUAAACAGCUUGAUCGGCAUGGCGAUCAAGGGAGUCGAGAGUUUUCGGUGGAGAUUCUCAUGCUCAGCCUCUUGCACCAUCCAAAUCUUAUCAGAUUGAUCGGGCAUUGUUCUCAGGGUACCCAACGUCUUCUAGUAUACGAGUUCAUGCCAUUGGGAUCGCUGGAAGACCAUUUACAUGAUCUUCGACCGGGUCAAAAGCCUUUGGACUGGAAUACAAGGAUGAAGAUAGCUGCUGGUACAGCAAAGGGAUUAGAAUACUUGCACGACAAAGCGAGUCCACCGGUCAUAUACAGAGACUUGAAACCUUCUAAUAUUCUUCUUGGUGAGGGAUACUUCCCAAAGUUGUCUGAUUUCGGGCUUGCCAAACUGGGCCCUAUUGGGGAUAAAACGCACGUCACUACGAGGGUGAUGGGGACGGAAGGUUAUUGUGCCCCGGAGUAUGCUUUGACUGGUAAGCUCACCCCAAGGUCAGACAUCUAUACCUUUGGAGUCGUCUUUCUCGAAAUCAUCACGGGACGAAGGGCUGUCGGCAACAUGGGUGGCGGGCAGUAUAAUCUCGUCGCAUGGGCGACACCGCUUCUCAAGGACCGAAAGAAUUAUCAGACGAUGGCGGAUCCUCUGCUGCAAAACCACUACCCGAUUCGUGGACUCUAUCGGGCACUAGCGGUGGUAGCCAUGUGCGUGCAAGAGAAAGCUGCAUUGAGGCCUCUAAUAGGUGAGGUUGUUACUGCUUUGACAUAUUUGGCAUCGCAAAGGUACGACCCCAACGCACCCUCCCUGAGCCGAGGAGGUAUGCCAAGGCACAGGGAUACGAGCAGGAGAAUAUCCGAUGCCGACAGCAUGGGAGAUUCGGGGCGAGGAGGCCAUGAAGGCUCACCUUCAGUACGCAAGAACUCGAGAGACUCGGUGAGAGACUCCAAUGAAGGUGCGGAGUUGCAGAUGAUCGACACCGGGGCUGGGGCCAGCCAGAGAGGGGGCGUGGACAAACCGGGCGGCUCUGAUCCUAAAAGGAACCUGGACAGAGAGAAGGCCGUCGCUGCUGCCAAAGCGUGGGGAGAGAAAGGGAGGGAGAAGAAGCGGACAAGCGCCUCGGGCAGCGACAAGGGCAACGACACAUGUGAAUAAAAUGGCUGGCUGGCCUCUCUUGACUCUUGGCUACAAUAUAUUGAUGAGCCUUUGGUGUAUAAAAAUGUUGGUUGAUGAUUCGAUUAUGUAGCUAAGCCUGAUAGCGAGAGGGAAGAAUAUUUGUCUAAAUCAUUUUUUUGGUCUCGUGUUUGUCCAAUCUUGUCCAUACAGUUAGCUCUGGAAUCCAUUUUUAACAUCUCAAUUGACAAGAAAUAUUCAGUUGGCAUCA